AUGGCGAAGCUGAUCCUUCUCACUGGUUUGGUGUUCCUGUUGAAUGCACAAAUAGGCUCUGCCUAUGUGCUUUCAUGCUAUUUCUCCAACUGGGGCCAAUACAGACAAGGCUCAGGGAAAUACUUCCCAAAGGACAUUGACCCAUGCCUGUGUACUCACCUGCUCUAUGCCUUUGCUGGAAUGACCAACAAUGAGAUCACAACCAUCGAGUGGAAUGACGUGACCCUUUACCAAUCCUUCAAUGGCCUGAAAAACCAGAACUCCAACCUGAAGACUCUCCUGUCCAUCGGAGGCUGGAAUUUUGGAACAGCAAAAUUCUCAGCCAUGGUGGCCAGUUCUGCCAACCGCCAGACCUUCAUUAACUCCGCUAUCAAAUUCCUGCGCCAGUAUGAUUUUGAUGGGCUGGACAUUGACUGGGAAUACCCUGGCGCCAGAGGCAGCCCAGCUCAGGACAAGCAACUCUUCACCGUGCUGAUUAAGGAAAUACUGGAAGCCUUCGAGCAGGAAGCCAAGCAAGUUAACAAACCAAGACUCCUGAUCACUGCUGCUGUUGCUGGAGGGCUUUCCAACAUUCAGGGUGGCUACCAGAUUGCUGAGCUGGGCCAGUACCUUGACUACUUCCAUGUGAUGACAUAUGACUUCCAUGGCUCUUGGGAAGGAUACACUGGAGAGAACAGCCCUCUCUACCAAGGACCUGCUGACCAAGGCAGCUACAUCUACUACAAUGUGGAGUAUGCUAUGAACUACUGGAAGAGCAAUGGUGCGCCCGCUGAGAAGCUCGUUGUUGGAUUCCCAACCUACGGACACACCUACCUCCUGAGCAACCCCUCCAACACUGCCGUUGGUGCUCCGACAUCAGGACCUGGGCCUGCUGGACCGUACACAAAGCAAACCGGCUUCCUGGCUUACUAUGAGAUCUGCACCUUCCUGAAGAACGGAGCCACCCAGGCUUGGGACACCCCUCAGGAUGUGCCCUACGCUUACAGCGGCAAUGAGUGGUUGGGCUAUGACAACCAGAAGAGCUUUCAGAUCAAGGUUGAUUGGUUGAAGAAGAACAACUUUGGAGGCGCUAUGGUUUGGACCCUUGACCUGGAUGACUUUACUGGCAGUUUCUGUGGCCAGGGCAAAUACCCCUUGAUCACCACCCUGAAGAACAGCCUGGGACUGCAGAGCUCUGGCUGCUCAGCCCCUGCUCAGCCCCUUCCUCCAGUCACUCAGGCUCCCAGCAGCGGAAGUGGCAGCAGCAGUGGCAGCGGGAGCUCUGGUGGCAGUGGCUUUUGCGCUGGCAGGGCUAACGGCCUUUACCCAGACCAAAGUGACCAGAACAGCUUCUACCAGUGCUUGAAUGGGCAAACCUAUCUCCAGCAUUGCCAGGCCGGUCUUGUCUUUGAUGCCAGCUGCUCCUGCUGCACCUGGGCAUGA